GACAGUCGACAGUGGACAGUCCCUUUUAUCACCUUUUCGAACUCAUUGAAAGUUAGAAACCACCACACUCCCAUAAAUCCGAUUCGCUUUCUACUACCUUCUUCCCAUGGCUUCUCUCAAAUCCAAAUCGGACCCCAAUUCCCUCGCCGUCACGGUGUUCGACGAGAAUGUGGCUUGCGACGAACAUGCACGGCCGCUGAACUUCGUCGAUUCGAGAUCUGCAUUCUCGGCCGGCCUGCCGGAGCUCGCUCCGGCGCCGGAGAUGGCCGUGAAAGACGGCGUAAGGGAAAUGCAGGAGCACCGGAGCCUGAGAAGGUCGCCGAGACUGUCUCCAUUGCCCGAUCUGCCCUCGCCCAGCAAGAAGGCCAGGGGUAGUUUGGGAAAUGUGGCCAUUGACAAUUGUGUGAGGAGGUCGCCGAGACUUGCGUCUGCUGACGUGGAAGCCGGAAAGGGCAAAACCUUUGUUCAGCAUAAGAAGUGCAAGGGUGGAAGCAUGGGAUCGAAUGGGGAUGAAGAGAAAGAUACUGAGAAGUUUACAAGGAGAUCUCCGAGGUUGAUGAAUCAGUCUGAAAUGAAAUGUUGCUAUCCAAAAGUUUCAACACAAGAGUUAUCUUUGAGAAACUUGGAAUCCUGUGAAAAGGGCUGUUCCAGGGCCAUGUCAUUGAGAACUGCAGACGCUGAAAGAUCACCUAGAGAUAUAAAACUUGAACACUUAUCUGAUUCAAAGGAGAAAUGUCCUUCUAAGAAGAUUUUGGUCAACAAAUUGAAUGAGAAGCACAUAAGAAGAUCUCCUAGAUUUUCCCCUAGUGUGGCAGCAGCAAAUUCCAAUUCAAAUUGUUCCAUUGAAUUGUCUGGUUCAAAAGGUAAGGGUUCUUCCAAGAAGAUUAUGGUCUCAUUAGGAACAUCUGAUUUAAAAUGUUUUGAUGGGAGAUGCUUGAGGCAAUCUCCAAUAAGAGCGACAUCUAUGUUUGAGGUUAAAAGAAAAGAAACAGAAUGUGCUUUCAUUCAAUUGCCUGAGACUGAAACUAGAGAAACAGAACAUGCUUUUAUUGAAUUGCCUGAGACAUUUGUGAAUCUACCUCCAAAGAACGUGAAAACCUUCGGUUCUUCAAAAAACAGAAAAAAGAACUGCGAAACUAGUUUCUUUAUCGGAGAUCCGAUUCCUGAUGUUGAAGCACAAGAAAGAUGGGGUUGGCGGUAUCAAUUGAAGAGUCAAAGAUCUAACAGUCAGAGCAUGAAGCUAAACGAUGAUGGAGAAGAUGAGAUAAUUUUGAACGUGGAAUGCCAUUUUGCUCAAGCUAAAAUUGGCAAUUGCAUCUUCAGUCUUGGGGAUUGUGUAUAUGUACAGGGUAAUGAAGGAAAAAAAGAUGUGGGGAGGAUCAUAGAGUUUUUCAAGACAACUGAUGGAGAAAAUUAUUUCAGAGUUCAGUGGUUUUAUAGGGUUGAAGAUACUGUUAUCAAAGAAGUUGGAAGUUUUCAUGACAAGAGGCGUUUAUUCUAUUCAACUGUAGUGAACGAUAAUUUGAUAGAUUGCAUUAUUUCGAAAGUCAAUGUUACACAGAUAUCACCUAGGGUAGGAUUAAAAGUGAAAUCCAUUGCAUCGUCUGACUUCUACUAUGAUAUGGAAUACUGCAUAGACUAUUCCACAUUUCGCACCUUGGUCACUGAUAAUUCUCUUAGGAGCCAUAGCUUCUCAUCAAGCAAUUUGAUAGAAAUGGAGUCUACCUUGCAAACUGCCAAGUCUCUGGGGAACAGUCCCAGUUGUGAUACUUACAAUGCAGAGUUUUCACUUUUAGAUCUCUAUUGUGGUUGUGGUGGAAUGUCAACUGGAUUGUGCCUUGGUGCCAAACUUUCUUCUGUUAACCUUGUCACGAAAUGGGCCCUUGACAGUGAUAAAUCUGCCUGUGAAAGCUUAAAGUUGAAUCAUCCAGAAACACAUGUCAGGAAUGAAGCUGCCGAGGAUUUUCUUGAACUAUUGAAGGAAUGGGAAAAGUUAUGCAGACAGUAUGAGGUCGAUAAUGUAGAGAGAACUAAUCGAUCUAGAUCGGAGACCUCAAGAGUACCCAAGCACAAUGAUGAGACUGAAUUUGAAGUUUCCAGGAUUAUUGAUAUCUGCUAUGGUGACCCCAAUAAGACAGGCAAGCGUGGAGUAAACUUUAGGGUGCGUUGGAAGGGUUAUGGUAGCAGUGACGAUACAUGGGAACCAAUUGGAGGCUUAAGUAACUGCAAAGAGAGUAUACAAGAUUUUGUAAGAAAUGGGAAGAAGCUGAAGAUCUUGCCACUUCCAGGGGAUGCUGAUGUAAUUUGCGGGGGCCCACCUUGCCAAGGAAUUAGUGGCUAUAAUCGCUUUAGAAAUGUCGACUCUCCUUUGGAUGAUGAGAAAAAUCGUCAAAUUAUAGUCUUCAUGGAUAUAGUAAAUCUGUUAAAGCCAAAGUAUGUGUUGAUGGAAAAUGUAGCAGACAUUCUGAGAUUUGAUAAGGCUUCUCUUGGAAGGUAUGCGCUCAGUCGUUUGGUGCAGAUGACUUACCAAGCAAGGCUAGGAAUAAUUGCUGCUGGUUGUUAUGGCCUUCCACAAUUUCGAUUGCGUGUUUUCUUGUGGGGUGCUCAUCCUUCUGAGAAUCUACCCCAAUUUCCUCGUCCCACACAUGAUGUUAUUAUUAGAUACUGGCCUCCGCCAGAGUUUGAGCGCAAUGUUGUUGCUUAUGAUGAAGACCAACCUCGUGAGCUAGAAAAAGCUCUUCUUCUUCAAGAUGCCAUCUCUGAUCUUCCUGCAGUCAAACACAAUGAAACAAGUGAAGAAAUGUUGUUCAAAAACCCUCCUGAAACAGAUUUCCAAAGAUAUAUAAGAUCAACACAAUAUGGUGACUUCCAUCUUUACUUUGUUUAUGCUGCUUCUGCAGAGAUGGUUGGAUCUGCAUUAGAUGACACUAAGAAAAAGGAAAAUUUGCUGUAUGACCAUCGAUCUUACCCUUUACACGAAGAUGAUUAUGCACGAGUUUGUCAGAUUCCGAAAAGAAAGGGAGCAAAUUUCCGGGACCUACCUGGUGUUGUUGUAGGAAGAGACAAUGUGGCUCGGAGGGAUUUGACUGAAAAGCAGUCAGUGUUGCCAUCUGGAAAGCCAUUGGUACCAGACUAUGCCUUUACUUUUGAACAAGGGAAGUCUAAAAGACCAUUUGCGAGGUUAUGGUGGGAUGAGACCGUGGCCACUGUAUUGACAUUCCCAAGUUGUCACAACCAGGUUGUAUUACAUCCUGAGCAGGACCGAAUCCUCACUCUACGAGAAUGUGCAAGAUUGCAAGGCUUUCCUGAUUAUUAUAGGUUCUGUGGCACGGUUAGAGAGAGGUACUGUCAGGUUGGAAAUGCAGUUGCAAUUCCUGUCGCGCGAGCUUUAGGAUAUGCAUUGGGAUUGGCAGUUCACAAAUCCAGCGGGAAUGAACCACUGCUGACUCUCCCCCAAAAUUUCUCUCAUUCAAACUAUUUUCAAUUCACAGAAAUUUUGCCCCCACCAUAAGUUGCGGCAUCAUACAAACUUUGUAUCAAGGGAAAGUGCAUCUAUUUGGGGUGGAUAGGAUUUCGACCACAAUAUUUGAACUCUGAUUUGUCCAAUUUUAGUCCCUUUCCAAAUCACCUCCUAGUUGGACUUUCCCGACGCCUUUCCUUCUUCAAGGGCUGGUUCGAUUUUUCUCUAUCAAUUAGAUAGGGAUUGCUUCAUUUAACCAAAAUCCUAAUGUUGUGUUAUAAUCCCCAAAUGGGUAAUUGUUUACAUUUACAGA